UUUGAAAUUGACACCACAAAAAAUGUCUCCAUCAAAAAAAUAUGAUAUCAAACAUUUGUGUAGAAUUCAAUUUCGUUCUGCAUUUGUGCGUCUAUGUUGUAGUGUCAACUGUUUAUUUUUUGCUGUUGCCUGCAGUUUUGAGACUUAACUCUCAUCAUUUCAUAUUUCUCUCUUUCUCCCGUUCACCCAUUGUUUAUUUACUUUACAAUACUUGGUCGACUAAUAUUGAGGCGCCUGAAUCUGUCACAUUCAAAACAUGCACACAGUCAAAAUGAGAUAAAUAAUAUAAACCACCAUUCGCUCGAUGUGUCAUUUAUAUUACAGUGGUAUUGCGUUAGUUUCAUUGAACAGUUGACUGCAGUGCUUUGGGUUAUACACAUUUUUCAAUAAUUUUUGGUUGCCGAUCAUUUUCGGAUUUCGGGAAUCAAAAUGACCAACGAUGAGGAUGAAUAUUUGGAUGUGGAAAAUGACGAAAUUCUUCCUGAGCUGUGGCAAGAGGCCAGUUGGAUCGUAAUCAAUGCAUACUUUGAUGAAAAUGGUCUUGUGCGCCAACAAAUCGAGAGUUACGAUGAAUUCGUUCAGAUAUCGAUACAGCAAAUUGUGUACGAUACGCCACCGAUUGUAGUAGUACAAGAGCCAAAAUAUAUUACGGGUGAAAUGGAAAAGACGGUUCGUCAUGUGGUUAAAUUCGAUCAAGUUUACUUCAGUAAGCCGGUGCAUUGGGAAAAAUGUGGCACAGCAAAUAAUCUCUUGCCAAAUGAAGCACGUCUUCGAAAUUUGACAUAUUCAAUUCCAUUGUAUGCUGAUAUUAAAGUCUCGAAAUUGGUCGAUGACACCGAACAAAAUGUGGUGGAACAUCCCAAAGUAAACAUCGGAAAGAUUCCAGUUAUGUUGCGUUCAACAUUCUGUCAUUUAUAUUCACUUGCUGAUGAUGAAUUGACGGCGAUAAAUGAAUGCCCAUUGGAUCCGGGUGGCUAUUUCAUUGUCAAUGGCGAAGAAAAGGUCGUUAUUGCUCAAGAAAAAAUGGCAAUGAAUACAGUGUAUGUGUUCAGCAUGAAGGACGGUAAAUAUGCGUAUAAAACUGAAGUUCGAUCAUGUUUGGAGAAUACAUCGCGACCAACAACAACACUUUGGGUGAAUAUGAUGGCCCGACGUCAGCUAAUCAGUCGAAAAUCAACUUUUGGCCAACCGAUUAUCGCCAUUUUACCAUAUAUUAAGCAAGAGAUUCCGAUUAUGGUUGUAUUUCGUGCUUUGGGCUACGUGCCUGAUCGUGAUAUUUUGGAACUAAUUAUUUACGAUUUUGAUGAUCAUGAAAUGAUGGAAGUUAUUAAGGCGUCGCUUGAUGAGGCAUUUGUAAUUCAAGAGCAAAAUGUUGCAUUGGACUUUAUUGGCGCUAGAGGUGCACGACCGGGCAUCGACAGAGACAAACGUAUCAAAUAUGCCAAAGAAAUUUUACAACACGAAAUGUUGCCACACAUCGGAAUUCAUGAAUGUCAAACGAAAAAGGCAUUUUAUUUGGGUUACAUGAUGCAUCGCCUUUUGAUGGCAGCAUUGGGUCGGCGUGACUGUGAUGACAGAGAUCACUAUGGAAACAAACGAUUAGAUUUAGCCGGACCAUUGUUGGCAUUUUUAUUUCGUGGUCUAUUCAGGAAUCUAGUGAAAGAAGCUAAAUUUUAUAUACAAAAGUAUGUCGAUCUGCAUAGAAGCUAUAAGAUAGAAUGUGCCAUAAAACCAAUGAUCAUUACAAACGGUUUACGUUAUUCACUUGCAACCGGCAAUUGGGGCGAUCAGAAAAAAGCGCAUCAGAAUCGUUGCGGCGUAUCUCAAGUACUGAAUCGGCUAACAUAUGCCUCGACAUUGUCUCAUUUGAGACGGAUAAAUUCACCAAUUGACAGAAGUACCAAAAUGAGUAGACCGCGUCAAUUGCACAACACACACUGGGGUAUGAUUUGUCCGGCAGAAACGCCCGAAGGGAUUGCUGUUGGUUUGGUUAAGAAUUUGGCAUUGAUGGCAUACAUUUCGGUUGGUUCAAAUCAACAGCCGAUUCUUGAAUUUUUGGAAGAAUGGCGCAUGGAAAAUUUGGACAUCGUUGCAGCAUCAGACAUUCAAAAUGCCACCAAGAUUUUUGUAAAUGGCUGUUGGGUGGGUGUACAUCACAAGCCCGAAGAUUUUAUGAGAUUUUUGAAACAAUUGAAACGUAACACCGAAUUGCUCAUAUCGGAGGUGUCAAUCGUACGUGAUUUACGAGACAAAGAAAUCCGCAUAAAUACCGAUGCCGGAAGAAUUUGUAGGCCAGUGAUGGUUGUCGAAAAUGGUCAGUUGCUUAUGAAACAAGAUCACAUUGAAUUGCUGAAAAAUCGAGAGUAUAACAAUUACGGAUGGCGAGAAUUGGUGUCAUCCGGUGUAGUUGAAUACAUCGAUGUGAAUGAAGAGGAACAAACGAUGAUAGCAAUGUCACCAAACGAUAUGAGAGAAAAUCGAGUAUCUGAAUAUUGUUCGAUGUAUACACACUGCGAAAUACAUCCGGCCAUGAUAUUGGGUGUAUGUGCUUCAAUUAUUCCAUUUCCCGAUCAUAAUCAAAGUCCACGUAACACCUAUCAAAGUGCUAUGACCAAGCAGGCGAUGGGCGUUUAUAUCACCAACUACAAUCAUCGAAUGGACACAUCGUCGCAUAUACUUUAUUAUCCAACGAAACCGCUGGUGACAACACGAUCAAUGCAAUAUUUGAAAUUCAACGAACUGCCAGCUGGCAUCAAUUCAAUCGUCGCUAUUUUGUGUUACACUGGCUACAAUCAAGAAGACAGUAUCAUAUUGAAUUCAACGGCUGUUGAACGUGGAUUUUUCCGUUCUGUUUUCUAUCGAUCAUACAAAAGCAUGGAAAAACAAGUAGUCGAUGCUCAUGAAGAAGAAUUUGAAGUGCCCGAUCGGAGGACAUGCAAAGGGAUGAGCAAUGCAUCAUACGAUAAAUUAGAAGAAGAUGGUCUCAUUGCACCAGGAAUUCGAGUUUCGGGUGACGAUGUUAUCAUUGGAAAAACCAUGAAAUCAACUGCAGAGAUUGACGACUUGGACGAAAAAGUGACAAACUACUCAAAACAUGAUGUGUCAACCAUAUUGCGACACAAUGAAACUGGCAUCGUUGACCAUGUUACGAUGACAACCAAUGCAGAUGGCUAUCGAUUUUGUAAAGUUCGUAUACGAUCAGAACGAAUCCCACAGAUUGGUGAUAAGUUCGCUUCGCGACAUGGACAAAAAGGUACCUGUGGAAUGCAAUAUCGUCAAGAAGAUAUGCCAUUCACCUGCGAAGGUCUCAGUCCCGAUAUCAUCAUCAAUCCACAUGCAAUUCCAUCUCGAAUGACAAUUGGCCAUUUGAUUGAGUGUUUGCAAGGCAAACUGGUAUCAAACAAAGGUGAAAUCGGUGAUGCGACUCCAUUCAAUGACAUUGUAAAUGUGCAGAAAAUUUCAACAUUUUUACAACAAUACGGUUAUCAUAUGCGAGGCAAUGAAGUCAUGUACAAUGGUCACACGGGUCAAAAGAUCAAGUCGCAAAUCUUCAUCGGACCAACCUAUUACCAGCGCCUCAAGCAUAUGGUUGAUGACAAAAUUCAUUCAAGAUCUCGUGGCAAGACGCAAAUUUUGUGCCGGCAGCCAGUCGGAGGUAGAUGCAACGAUGGCGGUCUACGUUUUGGCGAGAUGGAACGUGAUUGCCAAAUAUCGCACGGUGCCGCCCAAUUCUUAAGGGAGCGUCUUUUCGAAGUUUCCGAUCCGUAUCGUGUGCAUGUCUGCGAAUAUUGCGGUUUAAUUGCCAUCAGCAGAAGGAAUAACAAAUUCGAAUGCCGUGGAUGUGAGAAUAGAUGCGCAAUUACGCAAGUCAAGUUACCAUAUGCCACAAAGCUGCUUAUCCAAGAGCUGAUGUCUAUGAAUAUUGCACCGAGAAUUUUCACAUAGACGCCAUCAUUAUGAAGUUAGAGUUUAAGAUAGAACAACCGAACAAAAACUACGACCAGUUUUCCGAAUCAACUUUUUAUUGACAAGAACUCAUAAAUGAAUGUAUCAAAGGGGAGAUCGCUUGCAUUUUAUGGAGCACGUUUACGUACUCAGCGAGUAUUUCAUUAAAACACAACUUGAUCGCAUUCAAGUUCGAAUACUCCAUUUUAUUCGUUGCACUUUGACGAGACGAAAAUCAUUUUUUUCCCUUUAACAUUUCAAAUGAACACAUACGUCACCGCACGUACUUAUUUUAAGACAAAAACAAUAACAAUCAUUUUUCUAUUAUUCUUGACAAAAAUCGAGUAUCUUAACUUCAAAAGUUUUCACGGUUUCCUAACAACAAAAAUAGAAAAUGAAAAAAGAAAUAUAUUUUUUUGUAAAUUUUGUAAGGUGAUUGCGUAUCGACAAAAUGACAUAAAAUAUUAUGAAAAAUUGUAUGACGGUCUCGGAUUUCGUGGCGCAUAUUUUCAAAACUAUUUUUAACUGAAUUCCAAAAUGUAUUUAAUUUUAUAACAGUGCCAAUUGAUAAAAAGACUCUUCAUCUCAGACUCAGAUUUGUUGUAAAGCAUUUUGAAAUGUUAUACAAUCAAUCAUUUAAGUUUAAACAAAAAGUGUCAAACAACAAUGUAUACAUUGAAACGCAAAUAAAUCUUUAAAAUUACGCAUCUAACAAGUAGAACGUUCACCGUGUGGAAAAUUUAUUGGCUGCGUUGAGCAUCAUGUGCAAACAUCUGAAUGCGAGACGCGGUUAUUUGUUUCGCAUGAAUUGACGAGUGUCGUUUUAAGAUUUGGUGUUUAAUUUACGAACAGCCUUUCAAACAUUGAGUAUCCCCGUCUAUUUACACUUGUACACAUUUUCAGCU